AAACAAGGAAAUGAAAUGAAAUGAAACGCCUCCGACAACUAUAACCGGUUCUUUCGCUAGAUUUUCUGGGUACCUCACUUCCUUUUUCUUCGACUGAUAACAAAAGAAGUAGCAGAAAGGUUGUGCUAGAAAAAUGGCCGACAAUCAUGAAUUACCAGAUGCAACUGUCCAGAACAUACUGGACCAAGAGAGCUUGAAAUGGAUUUUUGUUGGUGGCAAAGGAGGUGUGGGCAAAACCACUUGUAGCUCGAUUCUUUCCAUCCUCUUGGCUCGGGUCCGAUCCUCUGUCUUGAUUAUAUCCACGGAUCCUGCUCAUAAUCUCAGCGAUGCUUUUCAGCAACGAUUCACAAAGACUCCCACUUUGGUCAAUGGCUUCAACAAUUUAUAUGCCAUGGAGGUGGAUCCUACUGUGGAAAAUGAAGAUGUGAAUGGGCCUGAAGGAAUGGAUGGUUUAUUUUCUGACUUGGCAAAUGCAAUUCCAGGAAUUGAUGAGGCAAUGAGCUUUGCCGAGAUGCUUAAAUUGGUGCAAACAAUGGAUUAUUCUUGCAUUGUAUUUGACACUGCUCCAACUGGACAUACACUUCGGCUUUUACAGUUUCCUGCCACAUUGGAGAAGGGACUCGCAAAAAUGAUGUCAUUGAAAAACAAAUUCGGUGGCUUAUUUAGUCAGAUGACCCAUAUUUUCGGUAUUGAUGAUGAAUUUGGGGAGGAUGCAAUUUUGGGGAGGCUUGAAGGCAUGAAAGAUGUGAUUGAACAAGUUAAUAAGCAGUUCAAAGACCCGGACAUGACGACCUUUGUCUGCGUUUGCAUUCCGGAGUUCCUCUCUCUCUAUGAAACAGAGAGGCUGGUUCAGGAACUCACCAAGUUUGAGAUCGAUGCGCACAAUAUUAUCAUUAACCAAGUAAUUUUCGAUGAUGAAGAUGUUGAGUCCAAUUUAUUAAAAGCAAGAAUGCGGAUGCAACAAAAGUACAUCGACCAGUUUCACAUGUUAUAUGAUGAUUUUAACAUCACUAAGCUGCCACUGCUACCACAAGAGGUUACUGGGGUUGAAGCUCUGAGAGCAUUUUCGCCUCAUUUUCUUUCACCAUAUAAACUAUCCUGCAAAAGAGGAACAGUGGAAGAACUUGAGCGACGAAUAUCGAUGUUAAAGCAACAGUUAUCAGAAGCUGAAGCAGAACUUGAGAAACUCCGAAGAGGAGACAACAAGACCUGAAUGUUGUUCUUUAUAACUUUGUAUGUUCCCUUUUCUUUCGCUUGCCGAUUCACUCGGGACAAAUAUAGUAUCACUCGACAUCAUUUGACUUGAUUGAAACAUAAUUUAGCAUUAUAUUGUGUUAUUGGAUAAUGUUACACGAGCACAAUUUAUUUUAGAAAAAUGCAAUUCUUUAAACAUUACGUUUU